AUGGCCUCUACCAGAGUUGGCUACAGCAUCAUUUUCACUAUAAACUCUUUACUCGCGUGGCUGAUGCGAACUCGAUGGGCUAUACACGCCCUAGAGAAACUCACUUACGACUACCUCAAAAUGGACUGCCCUUCCGGUAAAUGCUACGGCGUCUUAGCCGUACAUAGAUUCUCUUUCGCCUUAUCUCUCUUUCACGCCAUUCUAGCUUUAUCCUUAAUUGGCGUAAAGGAUACGCGUACUAAUAGAGCUUCGAUACAAAAUGGUUGGUGGGGUCCAAAAUUCCUCCUCUGGAUUUCCCUCAUCUUUGUCUCAUUUGCAAUCCCCAACGAAUUUUUCAUUUUCUGGUCAAACUAUAUCUCCUUGAUUGGCGGCUCUAUCUUUAUCCUGGUUGGAUUAGUGCUGCUCGUCGACUUUGCUCACACCUGGUCUGAAACUUGUCUCGACAGGUGGGAGGCUUCACAGUCCAACACAUGGAAGUACAUUCUCCUAGCUUCCACUUUAGGUAUGUACAUUGCCUCAAUCACUUUCACAGUCCUGCUUUUAGUUUUCUUUACUGGAUCGAAAUGCGUACUAAACAAUGUGUUCCUUUCAAUCCACUCUGUCUUAGUCGUUGCUAUAACCGUCCUCUGCAUUUCGCCAUCAGUCCAAGACGCCAACCCCAAGUCUGGCCUAGCACAGGCUUCAAUGGUAGCUGCAUACUGUACAUACUUGACAGCAUCUGCAAUCAUCAAUAAGGAUGAUGAAAAUGGGGAGUGUAACGCAAUCUCAGGUGGUUACCUAGCUUCACACACUUCAACGAUUGUUCUCGGUGCGCUAUUCACCCUCCUGGCAAUUGCAUACUCGACAACACGUGCUGCAACCCAAUCUAAAGCUCUCGUUGGCAAGAAUAAAAGCAAGAUUGAAAUAUCAGGUGGUGAAUUCCAUGCAUUGGAAAAUGACACAAAUGACGCAAAUGAGAAUGUAAUUUCAAAUCAACCCAAGAGCUCCGACAACAUUCGCACGCAAGCUCUUCUGGCAGCUGUUGAAGCUGGUUCAUUACCUGCAUCUGCAUUGCAAGAUGCUCAAGAUGAAGCUGAAAAUGAAAAUGAAAAUGAUCACGAUGAGGACGUUAUCAAUAGUGAAGCUAACGACGAUGAAAAGUCAGGCACUAAAUAUAAUUAUAGCUGGUUCCACAUCGUCUUCAUUCUCGCUUCUAUGUAUGUCGCUAUGCUGUUGACUGAUUGGAAUAAAAUUCAAUCUGGUUCUGAUAACGAAAAUGGCGAUCAGCUUGUUAGGAUUGGUCGAUCACCUGCUGCAAUGUGGGUCAGAAUGAUAAGCGCUUGGUUGUGCUACUUUAUCUACAUAUGGACACUUGUUGCGCCAGUCUUCUUCCCAGAUAGAUUUGAAGGACUUCAUUAA